GUCCUCCCCCCCUCCACGCCAUGUUCCUGCGGGACCCCUCCGCCACUCCGGUCACCCCCUGGGAGCGCGGGGUGGUGCUCCUCUCCUGCGCCCUCUCGGUGCUGGGCUGCUGCCUUCUGCUGGGCACCCAGGCCCGCUGGCCCGAGCUCCGGACGCGGCCCCGCCAGCUGCUCUCCUGCCUCUCGGGAGCCGACCUGCUCUCCGCCGCCUCUUACGCUUACGGGGUGCUGAAGGACUUCGAGGCGUCGUCCUGGGACUGCGUGGCGCAGGGCGCCCUCUCCACCUUCGCCAACACCAGCUCCUUCUUCUGGACCAUGGCCAUCGCCUUGGACCUCUACUUCGCCAUCGUCCGCGGCUCCAGCAGCGCCGGCUCGCUCUGCUUCUUUCACCUGGUGAGCUGGGGGAUUCCUCUUGGCAUCACCGCGGCUGCCGUGGCCUUGAAAAAAAUUGGUUACGACGCGUCGGAUGUCUCGGUUGGCUGGUGCUGGAUUGACAUCAAUGCCGAAGAUCGCCUUCUCUGGAUGUUACUGGCCGGGAAAUUGUGGGAAAUCUUCGCUUACGUGACCUUGCCGUUUUUUUAUAUCCUGAUCAAGAAACACAUCAACCGAGCGCAUGCAGCCCUCUCUGAGUAUCGGCCCAUUUUGUCCAGGAACCGGUCUUCCCAACUGAGAGCAGCCUCCAUAGCGGACAAGAAGCUGACCUUAAUCCCAAUUAUUUUCAUCUUUCUGCGUAUCUGGAGCACCGUACGGUUUGUGCUGACCCUUUCCGGUUCCCCUGCAGACCAAAACUGGCUCCUGGUAAUACUUCACGGAGUUGGGAACACGUUUCAAGGAGCUGCGAAUUGCAUCCUCUUCGUCUUUUGCACCCGAGUCGUCCGGAAUAAGCUGUUUUCUUCCUUGUGCUGCUGGCGACAGUCGAACCCGGAGCCUCCCCCGUCGAGUUUGGAGACCAGCUUCCAGGCAGAGGCUCCCCUGGGCAAAGACUGGGAGCUGCAAGGCAGCAAUAGCACAGGGGAAGACUUAUCCAGCCCCUGAACGUUGGCUUGCGUCGUGAUGGAAAUCAGCUUUUUGCCUGGUGGGAUUUUCAUCACAGAGAACAAAGAUGCUGAGUGCCUACCGCAGAUAAUAUUCAUUCACCUGAGGAAGAAGAAGUAGAAGAAGAAGAAAACAAACAAACAUAGAUGUUUGGACUUUUUAAAAGACGCUAUGAAGACAUGAUUUUUUAAAAUUUAUUAAUUCGAGCUUUAAGAAUAAAAGAGGAGAGCGUGUUGAAUGAAAUGUUAAGGAACAAGACUUCCUAGGUUUAACGAGGGAACGGAGCAGGGCUGGGCUGCCAGGGGUUCGCAGGGGUUCGGGAGAGACUCUAGCUAAGUUUCUGUGCAGUUCGGACAACCCCCCAAAUCCCAUUCUUGGCUGGCCCCGCUCACCCCUCCCCUCUUCUCCCAGGAGUCCCCACGUGGCCCGUUUUGGAUGCAGGUAAGUGCAGGGCCCGCGUGGAGGCUAGGGGAGGGCAAAAAACGGGCCUGUUUCCGGCCUCCGGAGGGCCUCCAGAGCCUGGGGAGGCAGUUUUUGCCCUCCCAGAGGCUCAAAGAAAGCCUCCGGAGCUCAGGAGGGCAAAAAGUCUCUCCCCCCCAGUCAUGGUGCAGGAGGCCGGCUAGGCCACGCCCACCAUGGCCACGCCCACCCAGCAGCCAGGCAGAUAACCCCUUGCUAAAAUUUUUGAAGCCCAUCCCUGGGGAAAGGAAAGCCGUGGCUGUCGAUGCCCUAUUUGGAAAUCAUAGAAGAAAGAGAGAGAAAAACUACAGGACCCAUGAUCCUCAACUAGCCUGAUCUGGGAUGGACGUUGGAGUCGAGCAAUUGCCGGCAAUUUUCUUCUUGAAACGAUGCAUCCGAGAUGGAUACUAGUGGGUGGUAUAUCGGUUCCUUCUGAUUUUAUUGCAACCCACCCAGGAAAGCGAUUGGACUCGCACAUGUCUGGUUCCAGUGGACACCCACAAUUUUGGGAGAUGGCACUUUGUUGGCCUUCGAAUAAAUGCUGCAAUUUAUUUUAUUUUAUUUUAUUUUUUUUAAAUUUUUUGAGCCAGGCUGAUUUUUUUGGGUUCUUCUGUAUACCUCACUUCCUUCUGUGUAUUGGUGCGUUUCAAACAUUGGUGCAACAAAACUCUUAAAUGUACAGAUCAAAGUUUAAUUUUCCAUCCGCCUCGUUGAAAGGGAUGUGGCCGGGGGGGGGGGGC